AUGCCUACAGAAGAGUCAGAUGCGGCUGGUGUGGCAGUUGAGGAGGACAAGGGAGCAGGAUCCCACGGGGGAUCGGACGAACAGGUUGACGUAGAGUCUGCGGUAAAUGAAACGGAAACCGAGAGUGAAGAUUAUGCAGAAGAAGAGAAAGAAGAUGUCGAGGUACAUGAGCAAGUGGCUGAGUUGGCCUGUGUGGAGGCUAUAGGAGGAUUCCUUAAGAGAUCGGAAGAAGAGAUUGAAGGAGAGUCUGUUAAUGAAAGUGACAGUAGUGGAGAUGAUGCAGAAGGACAGAAUGUCACUGAAGAAGAAUCCGGGUAAGUGAAGGAGGAAGGUAGAGAAGGAAAGGUUAAAAACUGAAGGGUUGUUGUAGAUAAUUAUGUUUCUUUGAGAUCAAGACACUAAUUACCGUCGUACAUGCGCCGCUCGCAGAAGCGAGUUGUUAUUAAAAAGCGGAUAAGAAGAAUUCUCGUGUCAGUUCUCCUUUCAAAGAUGAAGCUAUUCGCAUUUUAAUCAGACUUAAACAAUGUUAAUAGCGCUUUCUACUAAUGACGUCACAAAUUUCUGGUCCCUGCUGUGACUCAGACAUUAAACCUGACCAGUGUAAGAGUUUAGUAUGGGAAAGUCACGUUCGGCAACAAAUUUUCGUCGUCUUUGAAGAUGUUUAUCGUUAAAGGAAACAAAAUCCAGCUUGGUUUCGAUAAUAAAUAUCCUGAAAAUAAUCAACGCGUGCCAAUACAGCGUUAAACGUGGAAAAAACUGUACAGACUGUGGUUUUAUUUCUUAUGCGGCGUCAUAAUGCUGUGGGUAAAAUUCUGUUAAAAUGUGUGGAGAGUUCAUAGCUGUGCGUGAACGGUGCAUUUGGUUAAAUUUAUAGGCAAAGGUUGCUCAAUUUUUUUUUUCGAGUGCUUAUGUUACGCUACUUAGUACUACAGGAUAUAAAGUACUAAAGUAUUCGUCCCGGAUUCAUAUGGUCUACCUGGCCGCACAACAACAGAACAAACUUAUACAAUUUCCGGUUUGUGCUAAUAUUGGUGUGCUUUUCACCUUAGAUAUUCUGUCACAGGCUUGCGAGAAGCACAUCCAAACUCGAUUUUCUCUUUAGCAAUUUCGGUUUUGGAGUAUUACACAGCCAAUAAUGUUAUGUCAUGUUUCAGUGCAUAGCGGUGCUUUCUGCCUAAGACACAGAGCUGGGGAUCCGAUUUCAGCAGCCUUCUUUGAUCGAGUCGCUUUAUUUUCUGAUUUUAACCAUUUAUUUGAGUUACUGGACCAGGUUUUGCGCCCAAUAGCAGUAGUGCCUUUUAAAUAUUUGAAUCAUGCUCAAAAACAUUUUAAAAACGCUCACUGCGAAUUUUAUGAACAGUUUUCAUGUCGGAAACGUAUGUUUCCCAUACAAAGCCUUGGAGUAGAAUGCAAAGUUUGUCUGAGUCACGCGGGGGGUCUAAGGUGACAACACCUAUUUUUAGUAAUUGUAGAAACCGCUAUUACCACUGCCGGUAUCGGAAUUAAAUAGAUGUCUGUUUGAAACAAAAACGUUCACAAGGUGUUGCAGCAUAUCCUAAAUUCCAUUGACUUCAUAAGGAGUUACAUUUCUGUUUUUAUCUAACAAGGGGGACAGACUCAUAAAACAAAGGGAAGAGGUCGAAAAGCUUUACUUUCGGGGACAGUAGGACACUGGUCCUAGGAUAAUGGCUCAGCUCCAUUAUCCACAACCCAAUUGUUGUACCAUAUUAUCCUGUCCACUCAGUGUCCGCUUUUACAAAUAGACGGGUUUUUAAUCAACAAAAUGUUGAAAUAUUUUGUAAUUGCAGAAGAAUAGUAACAAGUAAAGGUACCGACUGGGCCAACAGGAAACUGGGUGUUCACCUGAUGUUCCCUCCUGAUGCUGUGUCAGAGCCUACGCCAUUAAUGGUCCACAGGUGGAAAUACAGUGUCUGUUCACCCCUUUUGCUGGAGCAUGAGGCCAUUACUAGUAAUGUUAUUGAACUAUCUUCCAUGGAUAGGCAAAGUGUGACAUUUAACACCAAGGUGAAGCUUUCAUUAUCCCACAGCGCAACAAACCUACGUUGCUACGAGCUGGUGAUAAAAAAGCUGAUUGACAAGCACACGAAUAAAUGGGAAGAAGUCGAUGAAACCAAGGACAUACGUUCGCUUGAAGGUACAUAAACGUCUCUAUACAGUAGAAUAACGUAUAGCGGAUUAUCUCUUGCAUGAAAACCUUUAGAAAUGCAGGGUGUAGCCUACGCAUCUACUAUACUCCUAAUAUGUGUAGAUUUCGAGGUUUAAAUUUUUCAGUUGUUCAAGUUUAAGCAAGUUUAACUUCCAGCUUAUUUAUAUUUGUAGAACAAAGAUAACAGAUGUAGAACAGUCCCUUAUGGGAAUUAUCUUAACUGCCUAUUUACCUUGAAUCUGGGGUUAAAAUAACUCUUAUUACCAAAAGGGUUAUUUUAUACUUGCUUUGGAUUCAAAUACCUACUUUUUGGAGUCUAAAGGAACAUCAAGG